CAACCAGUAUGGAUGAUCGAACUCUAUGUUCCUCUAUUGCUGCAUACAUUUCAGGGCUAUUCAAGUUCGAGCCUCCAAUUUCAGAGCACGACAUUGAGAGUGAGUGCACCUUGAACAAUGCCGAUGAAUACGAUGGGGAAGACCUGUCGUCAUUGUCAGUCACACCUCAGUCGGGAAUGGUACACAUGGAUGUGCCGGAGAUGAGAGAUAUCAAAAAUUUUGUUUUGCAAUUGCGACGCAACCAGGCCAUAUGGCAGGUUCAGAAUGAGAAGACGCUAAGAUGUAGCACGAGCAAGAGGCCAAGAUUGACCUUGAAAGACAUGUUCUGUAGGCUGAAAAUAUUUUGCCGAAGGUAUGGAUACGAAGAAGUUCUGUCAUUAGCCAAUGACAAUCAAGAUGAGGAAGAAACAUACACUCCAUGGGAGAUGGAGCGAAGGAUAGCAGAUGGGCUAAAUGAGCUGGAUGAAAACAAGAUCCGCUUUAAAUUUGACGAAUGGCUAGUGAUAUCGCCAAGAAGAAUCCAUCAUGGAUGUCUCAGAUGGAGGUCGAUGGAACCGCCGAUCCACAAUCUGUGGAUAUCAUGCUGAAGAUGUUCAGUGAAAAAGCCAUCAGUCUACUGAAGGCAGAAGGGCAUGAAGCGACAGCCAGAA